AAAGGUUAGUUCCAUGAUGGCUGAAGAUCCCGGAGGAGCUUAUUUCAAUUUCUCUCUCACUUUUCUCUGUUUUUCGUUACCUCUGCUGGAAACAUGGCAGGGCACGCAAUCACGGUAGAAAGUCACAGACUCGCGACGUUGCCAUGCCCAAGAAAGGGAACAGAAAACGGCUGAAAUUUCGAGCCGACGAUGUUUGCUCGGAGUCAGUAACGGUGGCUGACUAUGCCAACGCCGAUCCUGCCAUCGUCAAGUCGGGAAGACUAAAAAAAGCCGUUGCUAAUGCGUUUGAAAAAAAGGUGAAGCUUCUUUGUGGGCUGGAGGCUUCACAAGGUCCUGUACAGGAAGUCCUGUCGUCAACAACUGACGCGGCUAAAGAUGACAGCAGUGAAGAGCUGGACUCCGAGGAGGGUGACGAAGAAUGCAGAGGGUCACGUAAAAAGAAGAACAAGAGACGCAAAGAAAAUGGUGAAGGUGUAGAUGGGGAAGAGUAUCCAAUUGACAUAUGGCAUGUUCUUGCUGCCUACAUCCGGCCUGAAGACGUCUGCAGGUUUGCACUGAUCUGCAAGAAUGCCUGGACAGUCACGUGCACUGCAGCGUUUUGGACGAGACUGUAUAAGAGACACUACAGUCUUGAUGCAGACCUUCCUUCUCGCCUUCAGCCUGACUCUCUUUUAAAAAUGCGUUUUCUCCGUGCCCGUGUAAUCCGCUCCCUUUUUCAUCUCUACGAACCGUUCAGCCUCCGAGUGUCUAAGACUCCACAGCUUCCCGAUUCGACUCCAAACACACUACUUAAUUCCAAGUGUUUGCUGUUUUGGGUCAACAAAGUCUCUGGAACUAGAGCCGAGCCCAUGUGGGAAUUCAAUUUCAAGUUUGAAAAGCAGCCAGCCAAGGUGAAAAAUGGCUCUCCUUGCGGUCUGGUGCUGCCCAGGCAUUACAAGGACGUCAACACAAACCCAGACUCAGACUGCUACCUGCUGCGUGUCACCACUCUGAACUUCAUCUUCACUUCUGUCGUCAUGGGCAUGACGCUCUCCCUGUUUACCAUUAACGUGAGCACAGACAUGCGGCACCACCGGGUACGCUUGGAGUUCCAGGAUUCGCCCAUACUCCGGGGGAAAAAGCUCCGAGGGGAGCAAGGCGUCCAGGUGGUGCUCGACCCUGUCCACAGCGUGCGUCUCAUGGACUGGUGGCACCCUCAGUUCCCUAUGCCGUCUUGCGCCUGACACUUGAAGAUUAACACGCGCUUCUGUCAUUAGUGAUGAUUAUGGACUUUUUCUUUUCUGACAUUUUAGCGUGCUUGUUUUUGUGCAUGAUCGCAGCUAGGUUUAUGGCGUCCAUACAUGAUCUUGUGAGUUUCAGGGUUGACGUUGUUGUUUUUUUUGUUUGUUUUUCUUUAUUAGGCCCACAACACGCUUCUCUGCACCAUAUUAUUAGUAGUCAGAGACCUGUUUCAGAUUGAAAUGAGGACGCAGAUGUUAUAUUUGCUUGCACAUCACAUUUCUUGUCUGUAUAAGCCCACCCUAAAUAGACACACACUGUUGUAAAUGAAAGAUUUUGGAGGAAAAUAAUACACAAAGGCGUAGACGUUUAAACCAACAAUCUUCUAAUGCACCUUUUAAAUGAUCCUCCAAGACUUGCAGAUCUGCACCAUGCUCAGCAGAGGCGGUAUUUCUGCUGGAUGACUGAUUUGUGUAAACUCAGAAAUUAGCUCUUAGCUUACAUGUUUAAGAUAAGGCCAAGGUGGCAGUGGUGUAACUUCUAGGACUGUGUGUACAGUCGCAAUCAUGCAUGCUUCACCAGUUAAAUGAUGUGUGGAAGGGUUGUAUUGUACACAAGUUUUUCAGUUUGUUUUUACUGGCUUAGAUACAGCUUUAUAUCUCACGGUAGUGUUUUUUUUUUUUUUUCCUUUUUUUUUUUCUUGCAAGCAAUGCUUAAGUUCAUUUUUGCACAGGUUAUAGAAUCUUUAGAUUUGGCUUUGUUUCGUCGACAUAAGAAUGCCGGAUAAUUCAUUUAAAAUGUCUGUUGUAAUAAAUAUUACAAGUUCCAACCCUUGACAUAAA